AUGCAAGCUGAGGUUAAGUCUGAGGAGAGCAAGCAGCGAGACACAGUGAAAGAACAAGAGUGUAGACUUUGGAAGCUGGUAUGCUGUUUGCCUAAAGCACAAAACACCAUCAUACCACACAGAAUCAUACUUAAGUACCCACAUGCAUUUCAAGCACAUCUUGAAAAAAUAGCUGAUUUACUCCAUUGCGGUGAAGGCACCUGGUGGCAUCAUAUCAUGGCAGGUGUUGAAUUCCUAGAUGGUCCUGAUGAAAAGGAAAGCCAGGAUGAUGGCCCACCACUUCAUCACUUUCGUACUCAUACACUCAAGUCUGGAGAGAAAUACUUAAAAGAUUGUUGGAAGGAGUGCAUAACCAAUGAGAUUCCCAUCCCUCACCCUGCAGUGAGAAUCUAUGACAAUGAAGGCAAUUUGCAAUUCAUAAAAUAUACAGGGUUUCUAGAAGAUGAUGAUUCCACUGAUCAUGAGAGUAGUGACGAAGAAGUAAAUGAAAAUGACACC